CCACAAUUUUCUAUACCAUUUUUGUCGUAAUCUGUCUUCAACUACAAACUGUAAAUGCAACACACCAGAACAAAAAAACUUUCUUCACCCAUUACCAAAUUAGUAUUGAUUUUUGGUACUAUUGUUCCAGAUUAAUUGAUACCUAAAGAAUCAUCAAUACUUAUAUAAAUUCACCUAUAAAUAAUGUCUUUUUUCCCAAUUCCGCCAUUUGAUGAAUUUCGAGAAAAGCUUUCUACUCAAGUCAGACCUUGGCAACGCUCUUUUCAGUUCUGGACUCGUACUGCUGAAAUUUACACUGGCUAUAAGGCUUUUCAAGUUAGAGUGAGUUUUGUGAAGGAUGCAAAGAAGCAAGAGGAAAUGUGGGAAAGGCAACAUGAAGUUGCCGCUGAUAAAAUUUACAAUAUGUGCUAUGAACUUGGUGGGUUCUUCCUUAAGAUUGCUCAAAUUGUUGGGAAGCCUGAUUUAGCUCCUGCGGCAUGGGUGAGACGACUGGUGACACUUUGUGAUCAAGCUGCUCCGACACCUUAUGAGGUUGUUCAAGUUUUGCUGGAGAAAGAGUUGGGCAAAAGCAUGGACGAGGUGUUUGACAGAUUCGAUGAAGAUCCUCUAGGAUCUGCAUCGAUUGCACAGGUCCACCGUGCGAGGUUGAAGGGUAAUAAGAGCGAUGUUGUUGUUAAGGUCCAACAUCCAGGAGUUCAGGAGCUGAUGAUGACCGAUAUUCGUAAUUUGCAAGCAUUUGCUUUAUACAUGCAGAAGACAGAUAUCAAAUUUGAUCUAUAUUCCGUAACAAAGGAAAUGGAGAAACAGAUUGCAUAUGAAUUUGACUUUACAAGAGAAGCAGCCGCAAUGGAAAGGAUCAACCGUUUUCUUUGUGAGAAUAAUAAGAAGAGCCCGGUCCUGGUACCAAGACUUAUGAAGGACAUGUUGAGCAGGAAGGUAUUGGUGAUGGAGUAUAUUGAUGGUAUCCCAAUCAUGAAACUUGGUGACGAAAUGGCAAAAAAAGGCUACAAUCCUAAUGGUCGGAUUGCAAUUGCUGCCAAGCAGAAUAUUCUUAAGUGCUUAUCCUUAGCAUAUGGACAGAUGAUAUUGAAGAGUGGCUUCUUCCAUGCAGAUCCUCAUCCAGGAAAUAUUCUAAUAUGUAAAGGUUCUGAGGUUGCAUUGCUUGACUAUGGGCAAGUGAAAGAUCUCCCUGAGAAUUUGAGGUUUGGAUAUGCAAAACUCGUGCUUGCUUUAGCUGAUAAUGAUCCAAAAGGCGCAGUGGAGAGUUAUAGGGAGCUCGGUAUCAACACCUUUAGUAAAUGCGAAGAUGAAGAAAACGAGAUGCUGAAAUUAGCACAAGCUAUGUUUGACACCCAGCUACCUCCAGGAGUAACUAUGCUACAACCUUUCUCCGAAGGGUCCUCCAUCAAAAAGAUAUCUGUUGAGGGUUUUCCUGAAGAGCUGUUUUCGGUUCUCCGAACUGUGCACCUAUUAAGAGGGCUAAGUGUUGGAAUGGGUUUGAAUUAUUCGUGUGCUAAAGAUUGGCGACCGAUUGCCGAAGAAGCUCUAUUUUGUGCUGGUCGACUUCAAGCGAGGACUGACAAGGAGAAAACACAUAGACAGUGCUGGUUCAGAAGAACAUACCGCAAACGAUAGUUCAAAAUGAUCGCUACGCCAUAUUUCCGGGUUAUGACAAUUUUUUUGUGGUUUUCUUGGGGGGAGUAGAGAUGGAAGCCUAGAACCGGUGGUUGCUAAUUUCAUUUACCCUUGUUCAUUCAUUUUUUCUUGUUCAUCCCAUUUGUGUCAUGUAAGCAUUCUUCAAUCAAUAUAGAGAAAGAUAGUGUAGAAAAUCUUCCCAUUCCGAACCCUCUUUUGAAAUUGAAUCCUUUUUGAUAGACAAAAAGGCGAAAGAUUUGGUAAAUGGCUGUUAGCUUGAGCUAUUGGCUAAAAUCGUUGCUGAAAGUAUUUAUUUAAGUUACAUGUUUAAGCCACGUGUUAAGUAGAUGUUUAGUAAAAAUCAUUUACCGACUGUUAGCUAUUAGAAAAACUGGCCAAAAGCUUAAAGCAGCAUGGAACAUCCAAAUCUAUUUUCAACAAAAUACUUCAUAACCUUUUUGCUACAUUUUUUUGUCCGUUCUUCCACUGAGUUUGAUACAUUUCUUUCUAUGGAAAUGUCUUUAUGAUAGUUAUAUCAUUUAUGUAUUGAUUUUUUCCUUAAUGUUUGUGUAAAACACUUUGGUAAUCAACUCAGAAUCCUUUCAUGCCAUUAAAUUUGGCUUAGAUUUUUUUAUAAUUUUUUCAUUAAAUUUACUUAUUUUUAUUUUUGACAACAAUUCAUAUUUUCUUCAAUUUACACGU